AUGUUCAACUUCCUCAACUUGAAAAAGAAAAAGAAAACUCAAGCUCAAAGAAAAGCACAACUCAACCAACAAAUAAUUAACAAUCAUAAAGGCAAAUAUCUACCAACAAAACAAGAACUUAAUCAACCUAUACUAAAUCCAAAUUACGAAGAAGCUUUUAAACUAUUUGGAGAUUCUAUACGAACCAAUAACAG